GUGUUUUAAAUAUCAUUAAUAAAUUUAUAUACAAAAAAAAAUCACUUGGAGGAAAUUAAGCAUUGCAGAGAAUACUGAGACAGCAGAGCCAACAAGCAAACUCCAAUUAAACUCUCCAAAGUUGUAACCCAAUCGCUUUGAAAGCAAAAGGGUGGCUAGCUUUUGCUCCCCAUGCCCCGCGAUGAUGGACAGUUUGUCUAGCUAGACAGCACCUUUCUAGCUACCAUCCUUCUUCUCUCCCUCCUCCUCGUGUGGGAAGGAAACUCAAGCUUCUACCUUUUUCUUUUUUCAUCGAUAAUAAAGAAUGGAUCUGUGACUACCAAGGAAUUAACCAAAAGAAAGCUUCAAAUUAAAGGGGAUAAUCAAGUUGUUCAGAUCAAGACGCACAAACAAGCAGAAAAGGUUUGGUAUAGGGACCAGAAAAAAAGAGAGAAUUUUGGACGGACAUGGCUACGUACUUUCAUGGCAGCAAUUCAGAAAUCCAAUCCUCCGCAGAAGGGUUGCAGACACUUUACCUUAUGAACCCAAACUACGUACCUUACUCUGAUGCGGCGCAACACCCAACACAAAACAUGCUCCUCGUCAAUCCCAACACCACUAAUAAUACUACUACUAUUCCCUCCCACGCGCUCAAUCUCGCCAAUUUCUCCCACGCGCCACCAUCUCCGUCACCCAAUAAUCACCAUCGUCAUCAUGAACAACAACCCCUAAUUGGGGUCACCUUUCCCUCCUCAAACAUCCUCGGAUCCAACACCACCGAUGACCCCACCCGGCCGGCCUUCCUUGGACAACCCGAAAUCCCUGCCUUUCACGGCUUAACUGCUACCGCCGCCACUACGGCGGCAGUUCCUCGUGUUCACUAUAACUUAUGGGGUUCCAUAAUGGAUCAAUCUGUGUCAACAGCGGCGGUAGCCGCUGUACACACUCCGUCUAAUAGCGCGGGGUGUGUAGCUGCCGUCACUAAUGUUUCGAGGCAGAUUGGUUUUCAUAGGCCUAAUAACCAAUUGUCACUAAGCCUUUCAUCGCAACACACACCUUACCGGUCGUUCUCCGGGGAGGUUCAGGCUAUAUCUCCGGCGAGCCGUGGCGGGGAUGAUAUGCGCGUGGUGAACAAUGGGGUUUCGAGUAUGCAUAGCGUGGUUUUAGGAUCUAAGUAUUUGAAAGCGGCUCAGGAGGUUCUCGAUGAGGUUGUGAAUGUGGGUAAGGGAAUCUCCAAAGAGGAAGAAUCUAUGGAGGGGGCUAAGAGAGAGAAGAUGAAAGGGAAUAUUGAAUCCACUUCUCGGGUUGGUGAUGGUUCGAGUGGUGGAGGAGAAAGUAGUGGUGGCAAGCAAGGAGCUGAACUCAGCACUGCACAGAGACAAGAGCUUCAGAUGAAGAAGUCCAAGCUUGUGAACAUGUUGGAUGAGGUGGAGCAAAGGUACCGACAAUAUCAUCACCAAAUGCAAAUCGUGAUAUCAUCAUUUGAGCAAGUAGCGGGCAUUGGGGCGGCAAAAUCUUACACUGCCCUUGCUUUAAAGACCAUCUCAAAGCAAUUCAGGUGUCUCAAAGAUUCAAUCUCUUCACAAAUCAGGACAACGACCAAGACAUUGGGUGAAGAUGAUUGCUUAGGAGUUAAAGUAGAAGGUUCGAGGCUUAGGUACGUUGACCAUCAUCUACGACAACAACGUGCAUUACAACAGCUUGGAAUGAUUCAACACAAUGCUUGGAGACCCCAAAGAGGCUUGCCUGAACGCGCUGUUUCCAUUCUUCGUGCUUGGCUUUUUGAACAUUUUUUGCACCCCUAUCCUAAGGACUCCGAUAAGGUUAUGCUUGCAAAACAAACGGGACUUACCCGAAGUCAGGUGUCUAACUGGUUUAUAAAUGCCCGAGUUCGGCUUUGGAAACCAAUGGUUGAAGAAAUGUACUUGGAGGAGGUAAAGCAAGAGGAUAAUGGCUCCCAAGAUAACAACACUAAUAGGUCAAAAGAAUCGGGCAAAGAGUUAUGGACAGAAGCUAGUGCUGCCCAAGAUUCAAGUGCCAUGAGACUUGAUCAGAUUAAUGUUUUUCAGUCAAAAGCAGAAAGCUUCAACAACCAAACCACUUCUCCAACUGAGAUCUCUAACUCUAAUUCAAUGUCAACAUCUCCAAUGGGAGGAGAAGGAGGAGGAGGGUCUCUCCAAUCCCAAUCUGGUUUCCAUCUUCCUGGAAUGCAAAGUCCAAAAAGGCCCAGAAGUGCUUCUGAACUGCAGAACUCUCCAGGUAGCAUACUUUCCGUGGACAUGGAAAUGAAGUCUCACGGAGAGGCAAAUAAUAGAGAUUCCAACACAAAGUUUGGCAUUGAAAACCAUGGUGGGGGUUUUGGAGCAUUCUCAAUGGAAGACAUUGGAAGGUUUAAUGUCACUGAGCAAUUAGCUCCAAGGUUUCAUGGAAAUGGUGUUUCUCUCACUCUUGGACUCCCUCACAGUGAGACCCUCCCUCUCUCCGGAACCCAACACGGAUUCCUCUCACAGAAUAUGCAUUUAGGAAUGGGAAACAAUGAAAAUGAGUUUUGUGGUGCCAUUAACACUCCACCUUCUUCUCAUUCAGGCACAAGUUAUGAGAGCAUUGAUAUUCAAAACAGAAAGAGGUUUGCUGCUGCACAGUUGUUGCGUGAUUUCGUGGCCUGAGAAUUGAUGAUUAACUAGCUAGCUAGGAUAAUGGUGAUAUACCCAAUGAGGAACUGAAAAUUUUCUUAAUUUUCUGCUCCUGCAAUAUAAUCCACUUAAAAGAGUGCAGUUUAGAGUGUUUCUCUCUACACACUAACUUAGCAAAAGACUUUAGCUAGCAGCAUCAGAACAAAAAUGGAGAGGCCAAUAAUCUAUGAAUGCUUGUUAUACAAUCUCAAGCACUGCUUAUGUUACGUUUAUCGCCAUGCUGGUACACUGAUAUCCCUGCAUGGGAGGGAAAACUUUCUACAAUGAUUGAAACUAGUAUAAGAUUCUGAACUUACAGAGAAUUCAGUAGUUCUAUAUGUUUUGAGUUAAUUUAUUAAUUACAUGGUUUAAGUUGAGUUGGGGAAGGUAUAUUGUAUAUGGUAUUGGAAAGUAGCAAGGUACAAAGAAGGAAUUGAAUGAUUUGUUUCGAUAGAUAUUAUAUAUAUUGCAGUUAUGGGUUUACGUUGUAACUUCAAUUAUUUCUACGUGCGCACUUUAUUUCUACGUGCAUUGGCAAUUGCGUGCGGUUAUAUACUUAAUACGUAAGUGGG